AACAUCGCCACUCAAUCAACCAAACACGAACCGUCGCCUCGGCGUCCCGAGUGCUCCAGACUCCGUGGUACUUACGGCUGGUACCAAGUCAAUGGUUGAAUAUAAAGAGAUUAUUAGUGUUCCUAUAUUAUUAUUCUGCUGGUUCUAUAGGCCUAGGCCUUCAUGUUGAUGUGUAACCAACAGUAAGGUCCUUGAUUGGAAGUGUGUGGACCUUCACAAGACUACAGGCAGCGGAAGAAAGAACAGGCUUUUAAUACAAUAGUCUCGGUAGACAUUUAAGGAUUUACAGAGGAAAGCCAAGUUGUUGACAAUGGUGAAUUAAAGAACAUUGGCGAUAAUGGGGAAGACGUGCUCACAAAUCAUGUGGCGUUUUCUGCUGUUUUUCAUUAUAUUUAUCCAUGUGUCUGAAAUGGGAGCUCAACAUGUUAAUGAUUUAUUUUUUGAGCCGAAACCUAAGCGAUGUAUGCCGAUUGAGAUUGAAAUGUGUAAGGGGCUAGGAUACAACUUAACCAGUAUGCCGAACCUCGUUGGGCAUGAACUUCAACAAGACGCUGGCCUAACCCUUCAAACAUUCACCCCUCUCAUCCAGUACGGGUGCUCUUCACUGCUACAGUUCUUUCUGUGUUCCGUACAUGUGCCAAUGUGUACUGAAAAAUUGGAUAAACCGAUAGGUGCAUGUGCGCCUAUGUGUGAACGCGUAAAAAGGAAAUGUGAACCUGUAUUAAACGAGUUUGGGUUUCCGUGGCCAGCCAGUUUGAAUUGUUCAAGAUUCCCUAAGAAAAAUAUCGAAGGACAUCUGUGUAUGCCGGGACCUGAAGAAACAGAAGAAGACAAGCUUGACCCACCGAUCCGACAUAGACCUAUAGGGGGCCCACGUAAUGGUAUUUUAGUCACUCUACCUGGCGCAGUAGACAUGGAGACGUGUAGUCACAAACAUGACCCCCAAAAAUGGAUAUACGUUAAGAAAUACAACGAUUGCUCAUUGAGAUGCGAUCAGGAUUUUUUGUUCACUGAAUCACAGAAGGAUUUUGCAAGGUUAUGGAUGGCCAUUUGGUCGUGUUUGUGUUUCAUUUCAACUUUAGUUACUGUUCUUACUUUUAUGAUUGACCCAUCACGCUUUCGAUAUCCAGAGAGACCAAUAAUAUUUUUAGCUAUCUGUUACUUCAUGUGUAGCAUAGCUUAUAUAGUUCGCCUUGUCGCAGGUAGGGAAGCAAUCGCAUGCGACGAAGAAAACGGAGUUAAAUUUCUCAUUCUAAAAGAACUUGAAAACACAGGGUGUGCCAUUACUUUCUUACUUUUAUAUUUCUUCGGUAUGGCCAGCUCGCUUUGGUGGGUGAUUCUGACGUUAACGUGGUUUCUAGCCGCGGGAUUGAAGUGGGGUCACGAAGCUAUCGAAAUGCAUAGUAGCUACUUUCAUUUUGGAGCAUGGGGAAUCCCGGCCAUCAAAACAAUUGUUAUUUUAGUCAUGAGGGUCGUGGACGCUGAUGAACUAACGGGGAUGUGUUAUGUUGGAAAUCACAACUCGGAGGCCCUCACUGGCUUCGUUAUAGCUCCACUGUUCACAUAUUUAGCUACUGGUACUCUUUUCUUGUUAACAGGUUUCGUAUCUCUUUUCAAAAUUCGUUCCGUUAUGAAAAAUGACGGCACGAAAACAGACAAACUGGAAAGACUGAUGGUAAAAAUCGGGGUUUUCUCCGUGCUAUAUACUGUCCCGGCUACUAUCGUCAUCGCGUGCAGUUUUUAUGAACGUGCAUACUACGACGAGUGGAUGGACGGCAUAUCGAAACCUAAUAUUGAAUUUUUUAUAUUGAAAAUAUUUAUGUGCGUUGUGGUAGGAAUAACAAGUGGAAUGUGGAUUUGGUCAACAAAGACCUUAAUUUCAUGGACACGUUUUUCUAAGAAGCUUUCAGUGCAGAAAAUCAAAUACGAGAACCCGAAUAAUAUAGCAGCCAAUGCCUCUCCGGUAUGAACUAUACGUCUGUUCGAUAGAAGCUUAUAGGCUAUAGUAUUAUGAAACGAUGACAGUUGCCGUAGCAUCUAAUAAUACAUUAUUGUAUUGAUAUUUCGCUGCUAAUGAAUAUUCUGCUUACAGUUUGCAUCAGCUUUUGAUAUUAAUAUUCGUAGAUGAAUGAUGGACUUACACAAAAUCAGUCAACUCAAAUUAUAUUAAAAAAUUUAUGACAUAAUUAUAUGGGCUAUUCAUAAAUGUUUAUCUAUCCUAUAUCAGGAGUGUUAUCAAACAUAUUAUUGAUUGGUUACUGUAGACUAUAGGGCUACAGUACUAGUAAUUAUUGUGUAAUUUUAAAUGUACAUAUGUAAUUUUAAAUUAUAUUUUAAUCAUCAUAAGCAAGUUGGUACAUUGCUUUAGCUUGAAAUUGGUGGGCCAUGAUUGGAAGGGCUUGCUUGUCAAAGGACUUACUCUUUCAGAUCAUUGUGGACUUUGUUUCAUGCUCCCAUAGCCACUCUUACAACAAGCCCCCAAUUGUUGCUACAAAUUGCAUUGAACUACGCUUGAAUAGUGCGAGGGAUAUGUUACCUGUUCUCGGUGGCCUGGCAUUGACGAAAUGCAAUUAAGCAUUCACGCAUGGUAAUAGGCGAGAACUAGAAAAACACGAAAAGCACACCUUUCCGAAGAGGAGCAGAAUGGCCGCCAUAAUAUUGGUACAAAUGAAUUCAAAUUAGUGCCGUGUGUUAAAAAUUAUGGUAAUACAUUAUAAAUAGGCCUAUGCUGUUUUGCCAAGAAUUUUGUGAAAAUGUAUUUUUGUUCUGUAAAACAACUCCAUAUAUUUAUAUAUUAAGGAAAUACAUUAUAUCUAGGUCCGGGGAUUAUAUUUACGUGGGCCUAUGUACCUCUGUGAACAUAAAAGUAUCUUUUAAUGCCAAGCAAGAUAAGAAGAGAUAUAAAAAGCUAUUGUACAUAAUUCCCUAGAGUUUGAUAGGAUAUGCCUAUAGGCCAUAUAUCAAAAGACAAUAUACAUAAGUUGGAUAAUUUCUUAGAAUAAAAUCAUACCGACUGAAUGAGA